UUUCCUUAGCUCAUUACAAGUCAUUUACUUAUUGAGUCUUGUUUUAGGUUUGGAGAGAAUAUAAAUAAACAUUAUACAAAACUUAUUGUUUAGUUGCAUAAUUAUAAUUAAGAGUGCUUAAUUAGCUUAUUAUGGUGAUUAAGCUUGGAGGUUUUUAUCCAAUGUGCUCACCCUCAUGGAGGUUUUUUUCUUGUCUCAUUUAUUGUUUGAUCUUGAUUGUUGGAGUUCAAGCAUGGAGCAAAGAAGGUCACAUUAUGACUUGUAGAAUUGCUCAGAAUUUGUUGGAGGCAGACGCAGCACAUGCUGUAAAAAAUUUAUUGCCACAAAAUUUAGACGGAGAUUUAUCAGCAUUAUGUGUAUGGCCAGACCAAGUUAGGCAUUGGUACAAAUAUCGCUGGACUAGCCCUCUACAUUUCAUUGAUACUCCUGAUAAUUCUUGCUCUUUUAAUUACAAACGGGAUUGUCAUGAUGAACAUGGUGUUGAAGAUAUGUGUGUAGCUGGUGCUAUUCAAAAUUUUACUUCUCAACUUCAACAUUAUCGUGAAGGAACUUCUGAUAGGCGUUAUAAUUUGACUGAAGCAUUGCUAUUCUUGUCACACUUCAUGGGAGACAUUCAUCAGCCAAUGCAUUGCGCACAUACAAGUGAUGAAGGAGGAAAUACUAUUGAGCUACGCUGGUUUAGGCAUAAAUCUAAUCUUCAUCAUGUAUGGGAUAGAGAGAUAGUUCUUACAGCCAUGAAGGAAUACUAUGACAAUGACAUGGAUCUCUUACUACAACACAUUCAAGGAAACUUCACUGAUGGAAUAUGGUCAGAUGAUGUCUCACAUUGGACAGAUUGUAACAAUCUUCAUGCAUGUGUAACCAAAUAUGCCACUGAGAGCAUAAACAUAGCAUGUAAAUGGGGCUACAAAGAUGCUGAGCCCGGUGUAACUCUUUCAGAUGAUUACUUUAAUUCAAGGUUGCCUUUCGUGAUGAAACGAAUUGCACAAGGAGGAGUUAGAUUAGCCAUGAUUUUGAACAAUGUAUUCAACCAUGGACAUGAAGCAAUGGCAACAGCUACAUAAGCAAUUAACCCAAUCAUCAUCAAAACAAAGAUUUCUUAACAUAUUCUUUUGUUAACUUACGUGAUUCUUUCUUUGGCCGCAUUAUUCUUUAUAGAUAUGAUUUAUAGUUUUUUUAUUUCUCUUCAAACCCUAAUCAUAAUUUCUAUGAGUGGGAUCCACUGAAUAUGAUAUGAUUUUUUAUUUUCUCAUAUGUUUAGCAUCUAAUGAUAAAAAAUAUUAACAUUUUAUGUUCAAAUUUAUGUAUUUUAAAUUUAUGAUUAGACCAAAUUGUUGUACAAUUUAGAUUCAUGUAUUUAGUAGAAAUUUGUAAUUUAACUCAUUUGUUAAUGUACACAUUCCUAGUUUUACCC